CUACAUUUUCAUGCCAGUAGAUUUACAAACACCAGGCUUAUAUCUUCUUUUGUCUUUCUCUCCAUGGACUCACUUCUGAUACAGACACCGCAUGCUGGCAGUGCGUACAACGACACAGACCUGUAUUUUGUCACCGGAUCCAGCGCAACUGUGGCCGAGCUGUCUCUCUGGGCUACACCGAAUCCGGACUUCGCCCAGCAGCCUACCAAGCCCACUGAGGCAUUUGCCACACCCGCUGGGUGUGACAUUUCUGUUGCAGCCACUGCACGGGCUAUUGCUACCGGAUCGUCACACGGCACUGUGUCGGUUUAUCGCAUCGAUACCGAUUCCACACAGCCACUGGAGUUGAGUGAAUCCAUUACGGCGCACCGGUACACCAACGGUGAGUUGGCUGUAUGUACUGGUAUUGCUGUCCAGCCAGCACCGGCCAUGGACAUCGAGAUUGCCAGCUGCGGCGAAGACGGGCGUGUUGCGUUCGCGCCAAUUUCCCGACUAGCCGCAUUGCAAAUGUACGAUGUCGACAGCACAGUGAUUACCGGUAUUUGCUGGACCACACCGCAGCAGAUCGCCGUAUCGACGCGGACCAGCCAGGUCAAGCUCGUCGAUCGGCGGUCGCCUGGCGAUAUUGCUGCUGCCUUUGUUAAACUGGCUGACAGUGUCGCAUUUGAGUGCGUUAAUGUGCACCCGUCUCAGCCGCACCGCAUCGCCACGGGUACAGAUGACGGGUCGGUGAUGAUUUGGGACAUCAGGAACCCAAAGGAGCCGCAAACCGAGGCGUUCGGUGUCCAUAGCGCGAAUGUGUGGUCGGUGCAGUUCCACCCGGGAGAUUGCAAUAAGGUUGUGUCAUGCUCCGACGAUGCCACAAUUGCAGUUACUGGCUGGGCUGGUGGCUCUGGUGAGCAUAGCGUGCAUACGCUGACCAAUAGCCUCAAUGUCAUGUCUGUCAACUGCUUCGACAUCUGUCCGUUCACCAAAACCAGCUUGCUAGUUGCAGGCUCGGAUAGUGGCAGCAUUCUGCUGGAUAGCCGGAGAGAAUAGCGACUUCGACCUCUGAAUACGACAACACACUCUUCGCCGAUUUCCUUGCCGCUAAAGUUUUACACCCAAGUAGUAUCUCUGAGCAUCAUAGUCACGUGUAUGGACCAUCAUUAUUGCAGGUUUCAUCAAAGUCUUAUACUCGCUGCCCGCCAUUUUUGGGAUUGAUAAUUUC